UCUCUCUCUUUUCCGGCACGCCCACCGCUGAACAAAAAAAGAAAAGAAAAGAAAAGAAAAACCCUAGGCCGCCUAGAGAGAGAAAGGAGGAGAAGGGUUCGCCGGCGGCGGAUCGGAUCGGCGGCAUUCACUCGUCAUCUCGAUGGAGUACGCGGCGCCGGCAGGGGCAGGGGCAGGGGGCUACUACUACUACCCGCCGUCGCAGCAGCACAAGCCUCGCCGUCCCCCGCGGCCCGCCGCCCGCUGGGUCAAGCACUGGAUCCCGCAGGAUCUCGCCACCUCCUCCGGCAAAUGCGCCCUCUACAAGUGGGUCAGGGAGGAUGUGUACAAGAAUCUCAAGGACGGCAAGGCCGUGCCGGAGCCGGAGGCGGUGAAGCCUGAACCCACCACGGAGAUCCUCUUCCUCUGCAGCUAUGAAAACUGUGGCAAAACCUUUGUCGAUGUCGCCGCCUUAAGGAAGCACGCUCAUGUGCACAACGAGAGGCAGUAUAUUUGUCAGGAGCCUGGCUGUGGGAAGAAAUUCGUAGAUAGCUCCAAGUUGAAGAGACACCACCUUAUUCAUACAGGACAGAAGGAUUUUAUCUGUCCCCAUCCAGGCUGUGGUAAGGCCUUCUCAUUGGAUUUUAACCUGCGUUCGCAUCUAAAAACGCAUGCGUUGGAAAACUAUCAUGUAUGCCCAUUUCCAGCAUGUGGCAAAAGAUUUACGAGUGACUCCAAAUUAAAAUCCCAUGUCAAGGGCCAUGAAAAGACUGGAACUCCGAUCACAGCACAAUAUGUGCCAUCAUCAGAUAAACCACAAAGCAGCAGUAAGCCUGCGACACCAGCAACAACUAAGCCUACAACACCAGCAGCAACGAAGACGACAACACCUGCAUCAACUAAGCCUACAACACCAGCACCCACAAGCUUUGCUGAGCGACCAUAUGUCUGCCCAUAUGAUGGUUGUGGGAAAGCCUACAUUCACAGUUACAAAUUGAACCUUCAUCUAAAAACUCAGCAUCCUGAACAUGGUCAAGAAGAGAAUGGUAGGAUUGCUGCACAUGCAAGUGAGCAUGCUGUAAAUGAUCGUGCCAAUCAGUAUAACUAUGCUGAGAUUGUCGACCUUGCACCGAAUCCAAAAAGGAGCAAGACAAAUUCAGGGCAUAAGACCCCCUCAUCUAAUAAAGCCUACAAUGUCAAGAUUUCUAGCGUGUUGCCUGCUGAUAUCAGUGGAGUGAAGAAUCAGUGGCCAGGUAAGUAUGAAGAUGACAGUGAAGAGACAGAAGAAGACCAGGGCAACAACAUUGAAGAUGGCUGGAGAUAUGGUAACCAGAAUGCCGAUGAUGAGGAAACAGAAUAUGAAGAUUAACCAAACGAUUCUCUUUUGUCCUUUACUAACAUCCUGCUGCAAUAUAUGCACUAACUAGACAGUAGACGUGGUGGCUGAUACCUUUACUAAUCUGCGUGCAUUCUGAACCCUGGAAGUAGAUUAGAGAAGUGCUGUUCUUGAGAGUAGUAGAAUCAGAUGGCCGUGAUUGUGUGGUUUGGUCAUAAAUAGUCUUUGUAUGCGACUUAUUCUCGUUCAGUUUUUUAUGCUCGAUCUAUGUAUUCAAUCAUAAGUUGUGUUAUCAUCGUUUUGUGGUAUGAUUUGCAAUUGCCCAUGAUGAGACAAAACAGUUGAGAAUUCAA